UUCUACCAUAGACCCUACAGCAACAGCACCUUUUACAACAACAGUUGGACAUACGUCUAGUCAUGUCACAACUGAACCCACAGCCAAAAGUACCGCUUUUACAACAAGGGCCUCUACAAUAGCAUCUAUUGAAACAACACCUUUUACAACAACAUUUGGACAGACGUCCGGUCAGUUCACAACUGAACCCACAGCCAAAAGUACUGCUUUCACAACGAUGCCUUCUACAAUAGACCCUACAGGAACAGCACCUUUUACAACAACAGUUGGACAUACGUCUAGUCAUGUCACAACUGAACCCACAGCCAAAAGUACUGCUUUUACAACGAUGCCUUCUACAAUAGACCCUACAGCAACAGCACCUUUUACAACAACAGUUGGGCACACGUCUAGUCAGUUCACAACCGAAGCUACUGCCAAAAGUACUGAUUUUACAACAAGAACCUCUACAAUAGCAACUACAGGAACAGCACCAUUUACAACUGCUGGUCAUACAACAAAACCUAUGGUAUCGACAAAACCAAAGACAACCCUACCAUCCACCGCCCCCACAACAAUGUACUCGUCUGAGGGACCACAGGGACUUUUGUUUGACUACUAUGUCAUGCAAGAGGAAAUAACCACAUGGGUCUCAAACGUGGAUGCUGCACUUUCUGAGGAACUUCAGCUAGACGAGUUCCAGGUGUCAUUAACAGAGCUUCAGAGCCAAGAUGGAGCCCUAUUGGUCAAUUUGGAAGGGACAGCCAACGUGGAGUUGACUUCGGAGCGCUGGGUGUUGGUGUACAAUGAAGGGCCGGGCGUCACACAUACAGCACUUUUACUGCCAGAGUUGGAAAACCUAGACGUAGCCCAGGGUCUGACUGGGGUCUUGCCUGCAAAAGUUGUGGUCAGUGCCAUACGCAAUGCCUACGAACUCUACUUCAGCCGUCAUCUGGCCUCUCUUCAAACGGACUACACCAGCAUGAUGUCUACAACGGACUUUAACAGCCUGGUGGAUGUCUCUGCUCCUGUGCCCAGUCGAAUUGAGCUAAACGAACGCUUCUACUUACAGCGACUCCCAGCGACAUUAUCAUGGUCUGUGCAGGCCAACCCCCAGGUCGAGUUUAGCAUCAGUGUAUCCCCAAGUUCAACUGACAGAGUCAUUCUGGUCAGCUUUACUCAACCGAGUGUCGAAGUUUUCGAUUACACGGCUAUGCGUGCUGACGUAACGGCCUGGGAAUCGAAAUUGGAUGCUGCACUGUCAGAAGAACUCCAGCUCGAGCAAUUUCAGGUGUCGCUAACAGAGCUGCAGAGCCAAGACGGAGUGCCACUGGCCAAUCUUAUAGCAACAGCCAAUGUGAGGUUGAAGGCGGAGCGCUGGGUGUUGGUGUACCAGGAAGGUCCGGGCGUCACACAUACAGCGCUUAUUCUGACGGAGCUGGAGGAUCUGGAUAUAACCCAGGGUCUGACAGCAGGGGCCUUGGCUGUAACUGUUCAGGUCAGCGUCAUACGUGCGACCUUCCAACUCUACUUCAGCCGUCAUCUGGCCUCUCUUCAAACGGACUACACCAGCAUGAUGUCUACAACGGACUUUAACAGCCUGGUGGAUGUCUCUGCUCCUGUGCCAAGUCGGAUUGAGCUAAACGAACGCUUCUACUUACAACGACUCCCAGCGACAUUAUCAUGGUCUGUGCAGGCCAACCCCCAGGUCGAGUUUAGCAUCAGUUUAUCUCCAAGUACAACUGACAGGGUCAUUCUUGUCAGCUUUACUCAGCCGAGUGUCGAAGUAUUUGAUUAUGCGGCUAUACGAACUGACGUAACGGCCUGGGAAUUGAACUUGGAUGCUGCACUUUCCGAAGAACUUCAGAUGGAACAAUUCCAGGUGUCGCUAGCAGAGAUGCAGAGCCAAGACGGAGUGCCACUGGUCAAUCUUGUAAGAACAGCCAAUGUGAGGUUGAAGGCGGAGCGCUGGGUGUUGGUGUACCAGGAAGGUCCGGGCGUCACACAUACAGCGCUUAUUCUGACGGAGCUGGAGGAUCUGGAUAUAACCCAGGGUCUCACAGCUGGGGCGUUGGCUGUAAAUGUUCAGGUCAGCGUCAUACGUGCGACCUUCCAACUCUACUUCAGCCGUCAUCUGGCCUCUCUUCAAACGGACUACACCAGCAUGAUGUCUACAACGGACUUUACCAGCCUGGUGGAUGUCUCUGCUCCUGUGCCCAGUCGGAUUGAGCUAAACGAACGCUUCUACUUACAACGACUCCCAGCGACAUUAUCAUGGUCUGUGCAGGCCAACCCCCAGGUCGAGUUUAGCAUCAGUGUAUCUCCAAGCACAAGUGACAGAGUCAUUCUGGUCAGCUUUACUCAACCGACUGUCGAAGUGUUUGAUUAUGCGGCUAUGGAUGCUGACGUAACGUCCUGGGAAUCAAACUUGGAUGCUGGUCUGUCCGAAGAACUCCAGCUGGAACAGUUCCAGGUGUCACUAACAGAGCUGCAGAGCCAAGACGGAGUGCCACUGGCCAAUCUUGCAAGAACAGCCAGUAUGACGUUGAAGGCGGAGCGCUGGGUGUUGGUGUACCAGGAAGGUCCGGGCGCCACACAUACAUCGCUUAUUCUGACGGAGUUGGGGAGCCUAGACAUAACCGAGGGUCUGACAGCAGGGGACUUACCUACGGGUGUUCAGGUCAGCGUCAUACGUGCGACUUUCCAACUCUACUUCAGCCGUCAUCUGGCCUCUCUUCAAACGGCCUACACCAGCAUGAUGUCUACAACGGACUUUACCAGCCUGGUGGAUGUCUCUGCUCCUGUGCCAAGUCGGAUUGAGCUAAACGAACGCUUCUACUUACAACGACUCCCAGCGACAUUAUCAUGGUCUGUGCAGGCCAACCCCCAGGUCGAGUUUAGCAUCAGUGUAUCCCCAAGCACAACUGACAGAGUCAUUCUGGUCAGUUUUACUCAACCGAGUGUCGAAGUGUUCGAUUACACGGCUAUGAGUGCUGACGUAACGGUCUGGGAAUUGAACUUGGACGCACCACUGUCCGAAGAACUCCAUCUCGAAGAUUUUGACCUGUCGCUAACAGAGCUUCAGAGCCAAGACGGAGUGCCACUGGCCAAUCUUAUAGCAACAGCCAAUGUGAGGUUGAAGGCCGAGCGCUGGGUGUUGGUGUACCAGGAAGGUCCGGGCGCCACACAUACAGCGCUUAUUCUGACGGAGCUGGAGGAUCUGGAUAUAACCCAGGGUCUGACAGCAGGGGCCUUGGCUGGGGAUCUUCAGGUCAGCGUCAUACGCGCGACCUUCCAACUCUACUUCAGCCGUCAUCUGGCCUCUCUUCAAACGGACUACACCAGCAUGAUGUCUACAACGGACUUUAACAGCCUGGUGGAUGUCUCUGCUCCUGUGCCAAGUCGGAUUGAGCUAAACGAACGCUUCUACUUACAACGACUCCCAGCGACAUUAUCAUGGUCUGUGCAGGCCAACCCCCAGGUCGAGUUUAGCAUCAGUGUAUCCCCAAGUACAACUGACAGAGUCAUUCUGGUCAGUUUUACUCAACCGAGUGUCGAAGUGUUCGAUUACACGGCUAUGAGUGCUGACGUAACGGUCUGGGAAUUGAACUUGGACGCACCACUGUCCGAAGAACUCCAUCUCGAAGAUUUUGACCUGUCGCUAACAGAGCUUCAGAGCCAAGACGGAGUGCCACUGGCCAAUCUUAUAGCAACAGCCAAUGUGAGGUUGAAGGCCGAGCGCUGGGUGUUGGUGUACCAGGAAGGUCCGGGCGCCACACAUACAGCGCUUAUUCUGACGGAGCUGGAGGAUCUGGAUAUAACCCAGGGUCUGACAGCAGGGGCCUUGGCUGGGGAUCUUCAGGUCAGCGUCAUACGCGCGACCUUCCAACUCUACUUCAGCCGUCAUCUGGCCUCUCUUCAAACGGACUACACCAGCAUGAUGUCUACAACGGACUUUAACAGCCUGGUGGAUGUCUCUGCUCCUGUGCCAAGUCGGAUUGAGCUAAACGAACGUUUCUACUUACAACGACUCCCAGCGACAUUAUCAUGGUCUGUGCAGGCCAACCCCCAGGUCGAGUUUAGCAUCAGUGUAUCUCCAAGUACAACUGACAGAGUCAUUCUGGUCAGUUUUACUCAACCUAGUGUCGAAGUGUUCGAUUACACGGCUAUGAGUGCUGACGUAACGGUCUGGGAAUUGAACUUGGACGCUCCACUGUCCGAAGAACUCCAGCUCGAAGAUUUUCACUUGUCGCUAACAGAGCUUCAGAGCCAAGACGGAGUGCCACUGGUCAAUCUUAUAGCAACAGCCAAUGUGAGAUUGAAGUCUGAACGCUGGGUGUUGGUGUACCAGGAAGGUCCAGGGGUCACACAUACAGGCUUUUUGCUGACGCAGCUUGAAAAUCUCGACAUAACCCAGGGUCUAAUAGGUGUAUUUCCAUCGCAACUUUCACUCAGCACAACAGAUGAAACUAUGCUGAUCUACUUUGAACGUCAUCUCACAAACCUACAAGCGCACUACACCACCAUGGUGACCACAACAGACUUCAGCAGCUUGGUUGAUGUUUCGGCUCCUGUGCCGAGACGAAUCGAGCUGAACGAGAGGUUCUACCUACAGCGACUUUUACCAGCCUUUUCAUGGUCUACUGACGUUAGCAGCGAGACACGUGUCGAGAUUUCUGUCUCUAUAACACGUGUGGAAAGGGUUAUUCUGAUGUCCUUCAUAAUAGCUGGACCCAUAGAUGGGAUGUUCGGGCCGUGGAGUAACUGGACAGAGUGCACGGCCACGUGUGGUGUGAGCGUGCAGGUCCGCAGUAGAACCUGUGACAGCCCGGCUCCACAGAACGGCGGCCGCUACUGCCAGGGGGACGCCACCGCGUUCAAAGUCUGUGUUGGUCAGGACUGCCCAGUUGGCUUUGUGGACUGGUGUGACCAAGUCGAGGAUCGGUGCGGAGUGGAGUUUCACGGCGGUGUGUGUACUAUGAGACAGCGGGACUACGUCUGUUACUGCCAGAACGGUUACAACCGGAUCACGGAUAACCUGGGCAACUUUCUGCGAUGUAUGGACGUUGAUGAGUGUACGACCGGACUGUCGAACUGUGACCCUGAGGUAGGGAUCUGUACCAACACUCCUGGUGGUUUCACCUGCAAAUGUCCCAAGGGAUUCACUGGAGACGGAGUUGUCUGUAUAGACAUCAACGAGUGUUUGGACCCUGCACUGUCUAGAUGUGACGAAAACGCCCACUGCACCAACAGCAUAGGAAGUUACACCUGUGAAUGUGUGGAAGGUUUCGUUAGCAUUGCCGACGAAGGUACCGCCUUUACUGGGCAGUGCAAAGGAACCAUCGACCUUCUCCCAUACGGUGCCGUUGCCGGGGACUUCCAGCUGUUCAUCAGACUGCACUACGUGUGGCAGUUCCCGCCGCUCAUCGUCACCGAGACCGUGUCUCCUCCCAUCUACGUGGAGUACGGGGUUCCUCUCAUGGCUGGGAAACUUUUCCAUUACCUCUACAUUAUAGAAAACGGUCUCGUCAUCAUGACUGACAGGAGGAUCAUUGUCCCGACGUUCCGCAAUCCCCUGUCGCUUUCCUCUGCCCUUCGCUACGUGAACGUAGACAACAUCGCUGUGUUUGCACCCUUCUGGACCAACAAUCGUUUCUACAAUCUACUCCUUGGUCACGCGCCAAAGGUGUGGUACCAGAUGUACACGGUGCAGUCCCACGUCGUCAUGACAAUCGUCAACAGACUCGUCAUCCAGCAGUUCUCUCCGUCCUUCUCAUUCCGCGCCAGACUCGUGUUAGUGGUGACGUAUGACAGCAUGGUACCGCCAUGGAUAGCAGCUACCCAAGAGGUAAACACCGUCCAGUUGGUGAUCGCCUCUGACUACGUCCACACCUAUGUGUUGUACAAAUACCCCAGAGGACGGAUGAAGUGGACUCCUGUCUUCAGCACCAACGAGGUGCAGGUCUACUCCUUCCCUGCGCGGAUCGGCUUCAUCAUCCGGACCACAAACUCGUUCGGCAUCCGCACCGAGUGGAGCGUGGAGGACCCGAACUCCGGACAGUGGUCCAGGAUGACCGGUCGGCCGAACGCUUUUAGGAUCAGUGAUCUGCUCCCUAAGGGGCUUUUGGCGUACCGAGUAGAAACCAACAGUGACACAUGGGUGAACCCAAGACUUGCCUGUCUAUCUUGGUUUGAGGAAGAGGAGGAUCCCAUGACGUGGGGCUCGUCACUCAUCGGACGGUGUCCCCCCACCAUGGCGCACGCUCUCCAGGAGUACGGCACAUACACGACCACUCCCAGCGACUACAGCAACGCCAUCUGCUUUACCAGGCUUUUCAGCUCUUCAUCAGGAGGGAACAUGGACUGCUGCUAUGAGAUGUCCUCCGGAGCUCUUCUCGGGGGAAACCGCGAGAAUAGCGGUGCAGGGUUCCUUCGGCGUUAUGAGAGGACACCCCUGUCGGAUACCAGCAGUCUUUACUACACCAGAGAGUACUUACCUUACCAGUGGUGCACCAUGCAAUCAGCUUCUUCUGCCUACUUGGACAUGUAUGUCAGUAGACGGAUCAGAUCAACCAGUAGUUCAUACAGUAUGGUCAUUCAAGGCACUGGAUUUGGAGACCCUCAUUUAGCCAGCGCUGACGGCAUUGAGUUCACUUUCAACGGGUUCGGCGAGUACGUCCUUCUGCGCAGUCGCAGCAGCGCCCCCUACCGAUUUGAACUGCAGGGACGCACCUCCCAACCGUCGAACCGGAACGAAAACGUCAAGGCUACGAUUUUUACGUAUGACAGUGUUUUAUGGGCAUAA